AUGCCGCAACCGCUCGGGAAACCGUUGUCGGAGGUUGAGGCGGAGGAGGCGCGAGUGGCCGAGGCGAGCGGACGGCGAAGGAACGGUUCGGACGACGCCCGCGCGGGUCGCGAAGGGAUGGCGGAGACGCCGCCGUGGUGGAUGACGACCGUGAGCGCGAUCGUGUUGGUGCUGUUGACGUGGUCGAGCGUGGGAUUGGGGAGCGUCGAUCGCGUCGCCGAAGCGCCGCGGUUGACGCCGGAUGAAAUCGAACGAUUUCGCGCGGGCGGCGGUGGCGGCGGCGGUGGGGGGGCGUGA